GGGAGAGUGAAUAUUUGUCCAUUUCCUUCUUCAGCAACUAGCCAGAUGCUGAAGGUGGAACUGGAAAAGAUCAGGCGUGAAUGAUGUAGAAGUGGAACCAGCACCUCCGGGGCUUGAAGAGGAAUACAGUCAGAUUCUUACACCUCCUGCCAUUAGAUUUGUUGCUGAUCUGACGAGGCAGUUCAGUGACCAAGUAGAUUUGAUGAUGAAGCAGAGGAUGAAGAAAAAAUUGGAAUUAGACAUCACUGGCAACAUACCGUUCUUCCCUGACAAUCCAGAGAUAAGAGAAGGUAAUUGGAAAGUGGCGCCAGUACCCAGAAGAAUUGUAUGCAGGAAAUUAGACUUGGGUGAUGUAUCCCCAUCAAACACUGAGAAGUUUAUUGAAGCUCUGCAGUGUGAUGUGAAUGGAAUACAGACAGAUUUUGAUGAUGGUCACUGUCCCACGUGGAGAAAUCAGUUGCGAGGUCUUCAUAAUGUCUAUAAGGCAGUGUUUAACCAGUUUCCUGAUGUACCUGACAUUUCUAAAACACCUGUACUGAUGUUACGUCCAAGAGCAUGGAACAUGAUAGAACAUAACAUGAUUGUUGAUGGUAAAGAAGUGCCAGGUCCAUUGUUUGAUUUUGGCCUCCUGAUGUACCACUGCGCUGCCCAUCUUGUUGCGAAGGAGAGCGGACCAUUUUUCUAUUUGUCUAAGCUGGAAGGAGCCAACGAGGCCAAGUUAUGGAAUGAAAUCUUCUGUUGGGUGCAGGAAAAGCUUGGCAUUCCACAUGGGACAAUAAAAGCAUGUGUUCUGAUUGAGAAUGUUCUGGCAUCAUUUGAGAUGGAAGAAAUACUUUUUGAACUAAAGGACCAUUCUCUUGGAUUAAACUGUGGCAUCUGGGAUUACUCUGCAUCUUUUGUCAAUAAGUUUGGGGACAGGAAAGAUUUUGUCCUCCCUGACCGCAAUAAGUAUGUUAAUAUGCAGCGGCACUUUUUACGGUCGUAUAUGGAUUUAGUCAUUCAUACAUGUCAUAAGCAUGGUGCUCAUGCUACAGGGGGAAUGGCAGCAACAAUUAUCGAGUCUCGGGAUCUCAACAUCCUGACUAAAGUGACAGAAGCAAAAAUACAAGAGAUGCUCUCUGGUGCAGAUGGUUUCAUGGUGUAUGAUACACGUCUAGUUCCAGUUAUGAGGAAGAUGGUAGUAUUAGAUAAUAAGGACAAUCAAAUAGAAAGACAGCCAAGAAAUGAUGUUCGUGUUACUGCUGGGGAUUUGUUGCAGAUGCCUGCAGGUGGAGUCACCCUUGCAGGGCUGAAGCACAAUGUUGCUGUAGGAAUUCUUUUCAUAGACGCAUGGUUGCGUGGAAAGGGCCACUACAUUUACAAAGGGGCUGUUGAAGACUCGGCCACAGCAGAGAUUUCACGUUCUCAAGUUUGGCAGUGGAUUAGGCACAGGGCUAAACUGGAAGAUAACGGUGAAGUCAUCACAAGAGGUCUUGUUCAGAAAAUCAUCGGAGACUUUGUUGAUGCUACCAUAAUGUCCCAGGAUCCUGUUUCUCUGAAUUCACCUAAACACGAGGAGAGAUUUAGAGCCGCUGCAGAAAUAUUUGAGGAAGUCGUAACUAAGAGAGACUUCCCUGAAUUUAUCACAACAUAUCUGAAUCUCGACCACACAUUCCUUACUUAUCAAAAAAUGCAUGAGGAAUGAUACUGAAAAAAAGUUUAAUCAGUGCAAUAUGAAUUUUGCAUCUGCAAAUAUAUGUGGAAUAUUUUGUGAUAUUUUUGUUGACAUAUGAAAGCUAUGUAAGGUUUAACAAGAUAUAGAUUUAUUAGUGUUUUUUUUUUUCCUGGAAAGUAUAAAUCUGUUAUUUGCUUUUGAGUUAUUAAUCAUUAGAUAAUUAUAUAUAUACAUAUAUGUUAAUGUUGUUUAUUUAUCUAAGAUGUGCAUUCUAGAUUAUAUAUUAUAUGUUACUGAAGACAUUUUUAUGCACACAUAUUCACAAAUUAUUUUAAAUGAAAUUAUAAGAUUUUCACUAGCUAGUUAGUGUGGUGUAUACUUUAGUACAGUGUUAUAUUAUUAUUUGUAUUAAACUAUAUUAUCUUAGUUGUUUAAAGGAGAUACAUAAUCAUAUAUCUAGUUUUCUGGUUGUGAGUAAUGCAUGGAACUUUUAUGACAUAAUAGAUUUUAUAAUAAAGUGUGUAAAUAUUUUAUGCUUAAUACUAUCAUUUGCAUUUAAUACAACAGUGGUUUAUAUUGUCAUGAUCUAUGUAGAUGAAAGUAGAGAGAAGUUAUUUUCUUAUUUUUAUACUUAUUGGAGUAACCUUUGAAUCUUUGUACUAAUUAUAAUAUGUCAUGAUUAAGAAAUAUGAUAUACAGUAUUCUGUGAUAAACAAAAACCAGCCUAUAUAUGUCCAUAGCCAGAACAACGGUGAAUCCAAAAUCAAGAUUAAUUGUCAAAUCUAUAUUUGAUACUGUUUUAUAAGUCAUUAUUAGAUCUUCAUGGCUCAGAAGAGUUAAAAAAUUUUAACAUGUUUUUUGAUUUAUACAGAGUUAUGGAAAGGUAACCAGAGCUCUUUAAAAACAGUAAUAUUAGUAAAGUCAUUAACAUGGUUCUAAUCUAAACAUUGCAAUAAAGUGUAUUUUCCCUUAAA